UACAAUUUCAAAGUGUUCAGAGACACUACAACGUCCGGUCUACUAAAAUAAAAACUAAAUAAAUUUCAAAUAAUAUAGUGACUUAGUUUGAGAAUACCACAAAAAGUUAAAAUGGCAGACGAUGAUAAUAAUAUGAGAAUAAGAAAUCUUUAUUCCAGUGAAGCAAAAUUGGCUCAAAAAUCCCAACGUGAAUUGGCAGAUGGUACCGAAAAAGAUGUAUUGACAAAAUUGCGUUUAUUGUGUUUAAGUCGUGGUGCCACCGGCAUUUCAGGGCUGGGCAGAGCCUUUCGCAAUAUGGACGAUGAUGGCAGCAAAGCAUUAAAUGAGGAGGAAUUUGUCAAAGGUAUACGUGAGUUUGGUCUGGACUUAAGUGAUGAAGAGCUCAAGGAAUUGUUUCAAACUUUCGAUGAAGACGGCAGUGGCUCUAUUAAUAUGACUGAAUUUUUAUUAAAAUUACGUCCACCCAUGCCUCAGAGUCGUCUAGACAUUAUUGAACAAGCAUUCAAUAAAAUGGACAAAAAUGGUGAUGGUGUCAUUACCGUAGAAGACUUAAAACAUGUUUAUUCUGUAAAGGAACAUCCAAAAUAUGAAACUGGCGAAAUGACUGAAGAUGAAUUACUACGAGAUUAUUUGAAUAAUUUUGAAGGUGUACGUGGCAAUAACGAUGGAACUAUAACCAAGGAAGAGUUUACAAACUAUUAUGCUUCGAUAAGUGCAUCCAUUGAUAACAACAUGUAUUUCGACUUAAUGAUGAGACGUGCCUUCACUCUUUAAGUGCGGCAUAGGAAUGAAAUCGUUCAAAAUAUAAUUUAUAUACUAUGUACUACAGAUACUGCUUAUAUUUUUAUUAACGAACAAAAUUUUUUUGCAAAAAUUUACUAAUUUUUAACAAAAAUAAUAAUUUAAUUUUAAUGUUUAAUAAAUUAAAUACAUAACAAAUAAAUUAGUAAAAUUCUAUUUUAUUUGGUUAAUGCCAAAUUAAGGUAUUUCAU